GCGUUCAUCACUUUGGACUACUACUUCGUCAACGUAAACGUGUCCUACAGGAAAUAACCAUUUUCUUCAUUUCACAUCUAGCUGCAAUGGAGUCCUCCCGGAGAUUUUCUGGAUACCCUCGGGCCCAGAAAGGCCCCGAAACGGUGUAUGCACCUGUUGCUGACAAGAAUCCUGCUCUUAAGGGAUGGUCCUUGAUAAUUGCUGCGAAACUCGUCAAUUAUUCCCAGACCAUUGCUCAGGCUACAUGGUCAAAUGCUAAAUUUGGCUGCGUCAAAGACGUCCCUGGGCUACAUGAAUAUGACUGGCGUCUCCAACCUAUUGUCACACCUCUUGUACCCGAUGGUGUUGUUCAGAGCAAGGCCGAAAUCACUCCCGAGCUACACGAACGUCAAUCAGAUGAUCUAGCUGGCCGCUUUCAUUCCGCUGCGGAUUAUCAUGAGCUUUUCAAGUCCGGAAAACUGACACCCCUUCAAGUGGCCAAAGGCUUGCUUCCUUUGAUAUCUAGGGGGCAGGACCCGCCGGCCAAAUAUGAAUCGGCCUUCGCUGUCACGAAAGAAGAGUUAGUGCUCGCUGCAGCUAAGAAAUCGACAGAGCGGUAUGCUGCCGGUCAACCUCUAGGUGUCCUAGAUGGCGUGCCAAUAGGUGUCAAAGAUGAUAUGGAUGUUGAGGGAUAUACUUCUCACAUGGGGCUCAAAUUCAAUCCAUCCGAUCCCUUCUUCAAGCCUGCCACCAGCACAAUCUGGCCAAUUGCGCAAUUAGAAGCAGCUGGCGCUAUCGUCGUCGGAAAAUUAGUGAUGCAUGAACUGGGAUCUGACGUUAAUGGGUGUAACCCCCAUUGGGGAACGCCCGUAAAUUGGAACAACCCAUCAUACUACCCAGGUGGCUCAUCUUCCGGUGGAGGUUCAGCCCUUUCGGCCGGAUUGGUGCCAAUUGCGAUUGGUACCGACGCAGGAGGAAGCAUCCGUAUCCCAUCAUCAUUCUGUGGUGGUUACGGAUUGAAACCUACUUUGCAUCGUACACAUACGAUGAAAUCAUCAAUCUGCGUUAUUGGCCCUAUGGCUGCAACGGCCAAUGACUUGGCUAUUGCGUAUCGUAUCAUGUCUGCGCCUAAUCCAGAAGAUGCGAUACAAGGUUCAUUUGCGCUUUCUAUUCCACCCAGCCCCUUGACUAAGAAGACGAUCGGUAUCUACCGGGAUUGGUUCAACCAAGCCUCCAAAGAUGUCCUAAAUGUCACUGAGAAGGCAAUCUCUUACUUCACAGACAAGCUAGGCUACGAAGUAGUCGAUAUCACUAUCCCAUACCUUCUUGAAGGCCAAUACGGACACAGCGCAUGGGCACUCACAGAAGGUUUAGACCAUCGCCGGUCUCACGCCGUGGACCCGGCCCACCCCCUCGCGAACGUCAACUACUGCAAUCAGCUGCUGCUGGCGGUCGCCGGGUGCACGCCCGCCGUCGACAUGAUUAAGUUCGGGCAACUCAGGGGUCUGCUCAUGGAGCACCUAGCGUUCUUAUUCAAGCAGCACCCAGAUCUGCUAAUAUUGACGCCGACGAUCCCUGAGGCUGGCUGGAAGAUCGAGCCCGGCGACGAAACGUACGGCUUCAGCGACGGCAACCAGACUAUCCGGGACAUGAUGUACAUCUGGCUAGCGAACUCGACUGGGUGCCCGGCCGUUAGCGCACCUGUAGGAUACGUUGAUGCGGAGGUAGGUGAGGGCAAGUUGCCGGUGGGCUUGAUGGCGAUGGGCGAGUGGGGCGCUGAGGAGCAGCUUCUAGCUUGGGCGAAAGAGGCCGAGGGAUAUCUGAAUGAUGCAAGCGAGGGUGGCAGAUAUAGACCAAAAGAGUGGGCUGAUGUCGUUGAGAUUGCUAAGACCACUGAAUAAGAGGGUGGGGGCGUAUGGUCAAGUAAAGGGGCUUAACGGAGGUAGAUCGCGCAUUCGACUUCCAUCAUGUGGUUACGGCAAACAGUUACUGAAUGUAUCAAUUAGGAAGAAGUUAUCGGUAGGUACAUAACAACGAUCACUAGAUAAACAUAGAGUAUUUCAAAAUUGUAA